AUGGCGCCAGGCGACUAUGCCUCCAUCGGCUCUGGUAAGCUGAAACUCAAAGGCGUGAAAGACUCAAAAGUGGACAAGAAGAAAAAGAAAAAGUCCAAGCCCAAAGAGACAGACGAUGGACCUGGAUCUGCGGCCUCUGCAGCCGAGGAAGACACCUUUAAAGAUAAAUCCGUCGUGCUCAGGAAAUUCGAAUAUGAAGAUGUGAAAAUUGCCAAGGAAGAAAGACGAAAAAUGGGCCUUGUGGACGGAGAAGUAGUCGGUUCUGGUGCUGGGAUUGAAGAGGACGAAGAGAGGGAAGUCGUCAAGACGGAAGCAGAGAAACGGUAUGAAGAGCAGAGACGGAAGAGGCUGGAGGAACGACUCAAGCGAGAAGGCGUCAAAACACACAAAGAGCGAGUCGAGGAGCUCAAUCGCUAUCUUAGCAGCCUCAGCGAACAUCAUGACAUGCCACGAAUUGGUCCUGGAUAA